AUGAGUCUAGUAACAGUGAAUCUAGACAUCGACUUGAUCGGUUCCGCUAGAGAACUGGUGAAGGUGAGCAAGGCAGGAGCCCUGGCAAUUAAAUCGAUGAAGGCAAAGGUAGAGAACAUGACUAUAUUAGAGUGGAUCCGCAAUGCUGCGCGAGAGGACGCCAUUAUCGUGUGGGCCCUAGAAUAUCAAGGGAUACCAGACGCCAUCUGGAAGCAGCUGGCAGGUGGAGUCGAAGAAGACAGCCUGAGUGCUGCUGGCGUUCUAAGCGCGCUCUACGACGUACAGCUUGCCUACAUGAUGGGUGUGGCAACGUUCCCUGGAACGGCCAAGCGGAGAGCCCAUCUCGGAAACGUCAUCGCGGCCGUACACCAAGCGCCGGCGAACUUGACGUAUGAAGAGGUAUUCCCGAGCGGCAGUAUCGACGACCUGGGAUAUCUCGAUCUGGAGUCCACGAUCCCCAAAGGACAAUGGAUCACGUACGACGGAGACUUCAAUUCAAAGCACACGGUCAAUGGGAGGUUUAGCUAUUCGGACGGGAAGUUUGCAAUUAAGUUAAGCGGGGGUUGUGCCGUCCGGUACCACGCCGGGAGCUUACAAGUAUAUUGCCGGGACGACGACUUCGAGAAGUUAAUUGGACCACGAACUCAAUGGAGAACCCCGAACCAAGACCUGCUCGAAGCGGCCGCAAUCAGGUGUGCUAGCUCAAAGGUCGAGUGGGAUGCAUUUAUCCGGGCGAGAUACAUCACGGUCAACGUCAUGGCGGUCGCCCCGGAGGAUGACCUGGACAACGUGUUCUCGCCGAUAAGCGGGCAGGAGUGGGCGUUCUUUUACAGGGAGCUCCAUUGGUCAGUAACUGAGGCCGAGCGAGCCAUCAGGUCCUCGGCGAUGUUUGAUUGCAGUCUAACGCAACGAGUGACUAUGUCGAGGGCGGAUCGCGACGCUGACAUCUUACGUAAGAGAUUGGUGCCCGUAGGACCUGGCAACGUAUUGAAGUCUAGAAGACACGAGCUCUCGGAAGCAGACGAUGAGAGGCACGUCAUAGGCUACUCAGUCCGCGGACUACUUAACAGGAUAAUUAGUGGGAUUGGAGAAGAUGGCCCGGCCAGACUUAUGCGAGUAUUGGUGGGCACACUCCAGAGGUCACAAAAAUGCACUCGCUUGGAAGCAGCAGAGGUGCGGUUAAUAUCGGCAAUGAGGACCUUGCUGGGCUGUUCGGCUCCACAGGUCUACUCCAAAUAUUUCAGCAAGAGGAAGGUGUCAUACCAUAUAGACACAGAGGGGGAGAGCUUCAUCUACGUCCCUUCUAGUAAUGUGCUGUACAUGAGCUGCAACGCUAUGAAUGGAGAAGAUUUAGUUGCAGACCCAAUCCCAGGUGAGGGGAUAGUGGCGUCAAAACCUGAAUUGGUCGACAGCAUCUUACUAUCGCACAUAGUCCCUUCAGGAGGAGGCGUGAAGCUAGACGACUCGGGGACUGACCUGCUACUAAAGGAGCUUAGAACUGACUUCAGAAACGCGAUACGUUCCUGGCGAUCGCUGGCCAAGGCCCGGAUCCUCCCUCUGUGGAAGGACUAUACAGGAAGGAUCCAAUUUUCCAGCGCUUUCGAGGUUAUCUUCAACGGCUGUUCUAACCGCCAUGUGGCUGAGCGGGCAUUUAUGAUGUGGUUGAAUAGGCUGGGCGCCAUUCCGCACAAGGACUCAACGCAUGCGUGCCUCGUAAGGCUAAUGCGGGCAGAGAGAAAAUCGCCAAGUUCCGGGUUCUUUGUUGUGUACGAUAAGGGGCUGAGCACCCAGGGGCUGGAUAUGUAUACGGAGGUUACACCGGACAGAGAAUAUUGGCGGGGCGAUGGUAUAGUGUGCGAUCCCGUGAGCGAUAAAUGCUACAAGUUGGCGGAGACUGCAAGAGGACCUGGCUGGAAAGCGUGUGAUAUAGUAUUUAAAGACGUGCGCUCUGCUCUCAGAUUGGAAGGGAACAGGCUGGACAGGUCAGAUGUAUUGAUAGGGGGGCAAUGAAGGAUAUAGAAUCAGAAUGGUAGAAGCCGACCACAAUCUUUGGCAGACGGAGGGAUUAAGUCUGCAUCUAUCGGCAGGACGCGCGGGGUGGAGGAUAUCGCCAAGAGGGUGCUGAAGUACCAUGAACCAGACUAGGGAUGGACCUAGGUCCAUAUACCACACCGGAUGCUGGAGUCGUGUAGCCGUGGACGGCCUUGUGAUAGCAGAACAGAUAGAGAACUUUUGAGUACCCGUUGGUUGUUGAACUGGCGUCGCGUCUGGGACGUGAACGGGAGGUAAUUUGGGCAGCUAACCUUUUAUCACUGGGGUUGAUGGGAUUCCUUGAGGCUCGCCUCGUAGGCUACAGUAUAAGGUUUUAAGUCAAACACGAGUGGAAACACUGGAAGUGAUUUUCCUGGAAAAUCAGUCUGAUUUUGUUGAGAAGCGAUCCAAUUGAAGCAGAGAGGGCGAGAAAAAAACAGUAAAAACGAACAGCAAGGCCCCAAA